CGGUUGCCGCGGGGGAGGUUCCUUUCGCCUUACCGAGGACGGUUGCCGCGCAGGCGGCGCGCGACGCCGCUCUAGUCUGCAGGCCGGGGUGAGCGGCCGCAGGCUGCCCACGGCCACGCCCCGGUUCCCGGGGCCGCUCCUGCCGCACAUGGAGGCCAUAGAGGAGCUGGCGCUGGCGCCCUGCGCCUCCUCCCAGUACUUGCGGCCCUUCCGGCUCCGCUACCGGCAGAAUGGCACUAAGAAGUUUUGGGACUUUAUGAGGACACAUGACAGUGUCUCAAUCCUGAUAUUUAAUUCCUCUCGGCAAUGCUUUGUUAUGGUGAAGCAGUUCCGCCCAGCUGUUUACAUGUGUGAAAUGGAACGGCACCGGCCUCAAGACUUUCAAAGUAAAGACCAGGAUAGCUGGUGUCCUCUAUUGGAUCCCUUACCAGCUACAGAAGGCGUGACCUAUGAACUCUGCGCUGGCAUAGUAGACAAGCCAGGACUUUCUUUGGAGGAAAUUGCAUGCAACGAAGUCUUAGAAGAAUGUGGUUAUGACGUUCCCAUUACAAACCUGAAGAAAAUCACUUCGUUCAGGUCCGGAGUUGGUGUGACUGGUUCUAAGCAAACCUUAUUUUAUGCAGAGGUAACAGAUCAGAUGAAAACUGGAGAAGGUGGAGGCCAGCCUGAAGAGGGAGAGCUGAUUGAAGUUGUAGAAGUACCUUUACAGGACUCCAUGAAAUUUGCUUUUGAUGAGCAUUUCCCUAAGACAAUGGGCGUUAUCUUCAGCUUCAUGUGGUUCCAAAGCAAUGUUGCCCUGGGGCCGCUGAAAAAAUAAAAUGAGCACCAUGAUUUUCUAACUUGACAAAUGACUUCCUCUUUGUUCUGUGGAUCACUGAGAUAUGGGUAGGGAAGCAGGAGGGGGAGUUGCAUACAAAAAAACUGAUCAUAGACUCUCUAGAUUUUAAAAUUAAAAUGUAGCGUGAAAUCCUGGCCCCCCCCAUGAAAUCCAUCGCAAAACUCCCGUUGACUUCAGUGGGGCUGGGAUUUGACCCUAAGUGUCUCAGGGUCAAAUUUAUUGGUUAAUGUGAUUGCUCAGGAAACUGGAACUUGCAUAUUAAAGACUUUUCUAAAGAGCCUAUUACAUGAAAAUGGAAAAAGAAAAGUCAACAAACGAAAGACUAUAAAGCAUCUAGAGUGGCCAUGAAUCCAGAGGCUAUACGUUUUAUGCAAAUUAAUAGUUUCUGCAUGAAAGUAAAGAUACUGUAAACCAUCUUAGCAAGCAGCUGUUCAUUGUAUCCACCUGAAAGUGAACGUGUUUACUAAAGUUUUCUCUCAACUUUAAUAAAUGUUGAAUAAUACCCGU